GAAGAGCCACUGUCCUCGGCCUGGCCAAGCCCAGCUCGACUCCUGUCUGCUCCUCGCUCCAUCUCGCUUCCAUCAUGAGCUGUCGCCUGCAGAGCUCCUCUACCAGCUACGGGGGUGGCUUCGGGGGCGGCUCUUGCCAGCUAGGAGGAGGCCGCAGCUUCUCUAGCUGUUCCACCCGAUUUGCCUCCGGAGGGUCGGCUGGAGGCUACGGGGGCGGCAUGAGCUGCGGUUUUGGUGGAGGGGCCGGUAGCGGCUUUGGAGGAGGCUUCAGCGGCGGUUUUGGUGGUGGCUUCGGCGGUAGCUACGGGGGCUUUGGUGACUUUGGCAGCGGCGAGGGUGGCCUCCUGUCCGGCAACGAGAAGAUCACCAUGCAGAACCUCAACGACCGCCUGGCCUCCUACCUGGACAAGGUGCGGGCCCUGGAGGCGGCCAAUGCUGACCUGGAGGUGAAGAUCCGAGACUGGUACCAGCGGCAGAGCCCAGCCAGCCCGGAGCGGGACUAUAGCGCCUAUUACAAGACCAUCGAUGAGCUCCGGGCCAAGAUUCUGGCAGCCACCACUGAGAACAACCGGGUCAUCCUGGAGGUUGACAAUGCCAGGCUGGCUGCGGACGACUUCAGGCUCAAGUAUGAGAACGAGCUGACCCUGCGCCAGAGCGUGGAGGCCGACAUCAACGGGCUGCGCAGGGUGCUGGACGAGCUGACCCUGUCCAAGACGGACCUGGAGAUGCAGAUCGAGAGCCUGAACGAGGAGCUGGCCUACAUGAAGAAGAACCACGAGGAGGAGAUGAAGGAGUUCGGCAAGCAGGUGGUGGGCCAGGUCACCGUGGAGAUGGACGCGGCCCCGAGUGUGGACCUGACCCGCGUGCUGGCCGAGAUGAGGGAGCAGUACGAGGCCAUGGCUGAGAAGAACCGCAGGGACGCCGAGGCCUGGUUCCAGAGCAAGAGUGCGGAGCUGAACAAGGAGGUGGCCUCCAACACAGAGAUGAUCCAGACCAGCAAGACGGAGAUCACCGAGCUGAGGCGCACGCUGCAGGGCCUGGAGAUCGAGCUGCAGUCGCAGCUCAGCAUGAAAGCCGGGUUGGAGAGCACCCUGGCGGAGACCGAGUGCCGCUACGCCCUGCAGCUGCAGCAGAUCCAGGGCCUUGUCAGCAGUAUCGAGGUACAGCUGGGUGAGCUCCGCAGCGAGACCGAGUGCCAGAGCCAGGAGUACAAGAUCCUGCUGGACAUCAAGACGCGGCUGGAGCAGGAGAUCGCCACCUACCGCAGCCUGCUCGAGGGCCAGGACUCCAGGUUGACCGUCUCGGCCUCACCCGCAGGAAGUGGCAGCUACAGUGUCGGCACCACCUCUAACGUGUCCGGCUCAGUGUCCGGCUCCGUCUCAGGCUCCGUUUCCGCUUCCGGCUCUGGCUCCCCUUCCACCUCCCCUCGACGGGCGUCUGACUUCCGCAGGUUUUAGCUUGCUCCUCUGCCUUCGAACAGCUGGAGCUGCCCGCAGGACCUUACCUGCUGAGGCCCAGCCCUUACCCACCCUGCACUCCUGAAGAAGGACCCUGCUAGUUCCCCUCCUGUCCCCUCCCCAUGCUGCACACCCUUUGAUUUUUCCACUUCUUUUCUGAAAGGAGCAGAUAAUCCAA